GGCUAAUGUGCAUAGCAAUUUAGGAGUCGAGUCUUGACAGAGGCGAUGUCCACACGUGGAAAAGAGAAGCAAGCAUUGUAUGUGAGCUCAGACUUAUCAGGCGAUACUAUGGAUACCACAUCUCUAAAUCGCAAAUUACCGUGAGGGUUCAUCAGCACUUAGAAAAUCACAUUCAGCCCAAACGGAAGGCCUUCCCAAGAUUAUCUAUAUAAAGACAGCCUCCUCCGACCCCUUGGACUGACAUCAGACUCUACUUUUCCAGCAGCCUCAGCAGUCCUCUUGAUCAGCUCCCAGAACUCCAUCAUCAAUAACCGCAGUCGCCACUUCUCUUCACUCCAAAAAGACAAAUACUCUCAAGAUGCAGCUCAUCGUCUUCCUCACUGCCGCCCUGGCCGCCGUUGCCCAGGCCGCCGACGUCUGCGGUGCCUCCGGUUCCAGCUGCGGCGGCACCCUCCGUUGCUGCAAUGGCAUCGCGGCCGGCUCAUGCUGUGGCUUUGGCGCCUCCACCUCGGUCCGCUUUACGCUGCCCGCGAACAGCCGUGGUCAAGCCUUCACCAACGGCGACUGCACCGGCAAUUCUUUGACCUUCACCACGGCUAACGCCGGAACUUUCUGCCUCGCCUGGACCGGCCGUGGGUCCGGCCGGUGGCUCGAGGGGCGCUCGCUGGUCAAGGUCCGCAGCGACGGCACCGAGGCCAGCGCCCAAGAGGAGUGCGAGGAGCCCAAUGCCUUCUACAACGAGCAGGGCAUGGAGAUCACGGCUCGUGAGGCUGCAGCCCUUGAGUCGAAGUAAGGGUAGAGCGAUCCUCCAAUUCUCUACCCGAUUUUCUUUAUCUACCCUUGCAGCAGGAUGUUGGGUUUCUUUUUCUUCUGUCUCUGCUAUCUUGUCACACUCGAGAAGCUAGGGCCCGGCUUCUCGUUGCUGAACAUGUCUUUCGUUUCUGUCUCUUCCAUAGAGAAUAAAACACCUUGAGCUCAAGA